AUGAUGCUGUCAUCCCGAGUUGCUUCUUCGUUGGUCAAGCUGUUGCCAGCGGCUGCAGCGACGGCCGCGUACGCCUCCAAAACAACGGCCAAGUGCGACCCCAACGAAUUCCCAGCCAAUGCAUUGCCGCAUGCUCCAGCUUCCGUUAGUCGUUCGUUUUUGUCUCGCAAUUUCGUAGCUGAUGCCGUCGAGAAAGUAUUGCCUUCGGUGGUACGUGUAGAGGUUCAGGCCGGAUGCAACCAACGCGGGAAUGGUUCGGGAUUCGUCGUGGAUGCCCGGGAUGUGCUACUACCGGUAGUACCAUGCAGUAGGAUGCCCACGCCCCUGAUCAUGACCAAUGCGCACUGUGUCUUGACCCCUCAAGAGUUUGGAAGCAAUCAGACGUUGCACGAGCACAAAACGGUCUGGUUGGAAAUCAACGACCACCAGAACCCCACCACUCAUCACCAACGAAUUCCAGGAAGAAUCGUUGCAUUUGAUGUUCAUCAAGAUGUUGCCCUUAUUGAGCCACUGCCGGUGGAUGGUAGUAGUCGUGCAUUGCCUGUGUCCCAGCUCUUGCACCGGGAGAGUGGCCCGGUCCGUGCCGGGGAAUUCGUCGUGGCUGUGGGAGCACCCUUGCAAUUGGAGAAUACCGUCACGGUGGGAAUUGUGUCCAACGCACACCGCCGGUUCCAAAACAAACGGUACAUUCAAACCGAUGCGGCUUGUCAUGUGGGCAACAGCGGAGGACCACUAGUGAACAUUGAUGGCCAUGUCAUUGGAAUCAACACGGUCAAGAUUGCCGAAGGAGUGACCUAUGUGAUUCCCAUUCAAGAUGCUGUGGCUCGACUGAAGCAAGCGUACCUUUCGGAACAGACAUGCCCUCAAGAUGAAUCCAAGUUGAUCCCGCCUCCCUUUUUGAGAGAAGCAGCCAUGGCACCAUUGAUGAUAAGUAGUACCAGUACCAGUACCGGUAGCGGGAGCACUAUCAGCAAGGAUGCAAAGGAAAGUCAGGUUGAAGCUCAGGAAACGUGGACAAGCAACAGAGACCACAAGGACCACUCUGAUGAACCAUCCCUUUGA